GUCAUAGAACAUGUACAUCGUUCUAGUUCUGCUCUCGUUGGUCUACGCAGUCGUGCCGUCGCUUGAUAAUCUCGAUCUCGCGAUCCAAUGCGUGUUGGGGUUCCGGAUCAACAAACUCUAUGGUCAUGGAUGCUGGUGCGGCACAGUUGGUGCGGGUGCACCAAUCGAUGCCGUUGACGCGUGCUGCUUUAAACUUAAACAAUGCUACAAUAGGGCUGAGAGUAGCGGUAUAUGCAAAGGAGUGGAUUACAUCAAAUUUCCUUACUUCCUUCCGUACAAGUUUGAUUGUGUCAACAAGCAGGCCAUAUGUAGACCUGAAAACCCCGGUUGCGCAGCGGCUUUUUGCAAAUGUGACAGUGAAGGUAUUCAAUGCUUGAAGAACACUGGGAUAAAACCCAAUUUCGGAAAGAAGAAAUAUUGCCGCAGGUAAAGGGCAAUACGACACACAUGAGACACACGGAGACACUGCAGACACUGCAUAUGGUUACUUAUUCUUCAAAAUAAUUUAUAUGGCUUUCCAAUUUCUCUUUUGAUUGUUUAUUCUGCAAACGUUCUUUUUCAAAAUCUCAUGCAAUGUCUCCUGACC